CAUGCUCCUGUCCAUUGAGAAGAGCUAAGUUUUUCACCAUGGUGGAUGUGAUAUCCUCGCUGUUGGUUGGCAUCCCAUCUGGGAGCGAUGAAGAGUGCGAUGAAGGCAUUCUCAUCUCAAAUGGCCUCCAAACUUUGGAAGCCAUCAAGUCGCUACUGCCUAGUUCGUUAGUGCAGAGGGAAGCUAGUGCUGUGUCGCAAUUACUAUGGACAUCUGUUGUAGAAAAAUCGUAUGGAGGUCUCUCGCCUAGUUGUAAUGGAGCUCGCUCAAUCAAGUACAGACGUUGCAUUUCGGAUAUUGCAGUGUUUUGCUGCAGGCAUGGCGAGAGAGCAUUGUAUGAGAAUGUGUUGGAAAAAUGUGUCUCUGCACUGAGGAGAUGUUCAUGUCCAACAGAAGAUGUGUUAGCCACUGACCAGUCUUCUGCAGACAGUACCGAGGAAUUGGAAAUGUACUUUCCUGUAUAUAUAGCCGUGGAGAUUGCGGAGAACGUUUUGACUGGUGUUAACGAUAUGUCCGGGUUUUGUGCCUGUUUAGCUGAACCGCUAAUGAAUGCAUUAUGCCACUGUUCGCAAUCCAUUCUUACAUUCCUUGUUUCAAUUCUGGUGCCUAAAGUAUGGUCAAUUUCAUCACCUGGCAUUGCCGAAUGGAGUAUAAAGAUGUGGGAGCUGCUUUCCAGUGUGUCGCAUACGCCUCAAGUACAGCAUGGGGAGUUCAGCUGGAUGAGUCGAUCUCUCUUGAUAUCUUGUAGUAUCAUCGACGUGCUGCUUGAUAAGACAGUCAGUGCGUCUUUUGACAUUCGCCUUCAGCCGAAGUUCUGGAAACUGAUUGUGGAUGGCUUGUCACUGUCGGAUGCGCUUUGCCGCAAGCAGGCCAGCCAUUUGCUGCGCUGUUGUCUAGUGUCAUUGCGGCGGCAUGGAAAGGUGUCAGUCGCUGAUGGCAGUGGAGUGUUCUGGUGGUGUCCAGGCAAUGAGCUAUACGUUACUGCUUGGCAAGAUUUUGAGCUACUUCUGGCCACUUUGGAAGAGACACAGGCACACAUCAUUCGCCCGGUGCUGCCCAGGAUGUACAAGUUGAUAGCCGCAUGUGAACAGAAAGUGAUGCAUUUUUCAUGGCUGGCUGUGCUAUUUGAACGCCUGUUUCGCCAUGAGCUGGCUUUCAUGGGGACGUGGGCAGUGCGCGUUUGUCUGGAGUCAACUGGCCUUCUUCACAAUGUAUUCACACAGCCCAGCACUUGGAAUUUUCUGCUGGGUCCAUUUCUGCAGGCACUUUUUUCAACUGAUCUGUACUCCAGGGAUCAUGGAGUUGUUGACAAUGAUCUGCCAGUACAUGCAGAUCUACUCAAGACUUUCUUGACAGAUCUUGUGAAGCUGCUGUCCACGGAAGACAAAGUUUUGUUCCUGAGAAUGUUCCUGGAUCGCUUCUGUCAACUUUCACUGACAUCCGUGCCAAUGAUGUACAUAUGGAAUGCCAUAGCGUCAGUAUGUGACUGUGCAGUAUGGGCUGAGGGAGAUCUGGCUAACAUUGGGCAUGUGGUGCUGAAGGCGUUUCGUACUCACGAGGUUCUAAUCCGCGCCGCUACCCAGGGCUUUAUGCUGAAGAGUGUUAUUCAUCUCACUGAUCGGGAACAUGUGUCAUUAACCUCCAUUGUUCAGAUGCUCUCUACGUUCAAUGGAAUAGAGAGUCUAGUUCGAGGCAGUGCCAUAUGGUUGGAGGUGUCAACAUGGUUCAGAACAGUAUCCAAAUCUGCACUAUCCAGCGGAUUACCUUCAGAGGCGGACCCUCUAUACGCUCUGCAAGACUGGCUUCGUGGACUCAUUACCAGGAAGCUAGAAAGUGCAUCUUCUACAACCUCCACAUCUGAAGUUGCCAGUGAAAUGAGCAGUGAGGACUUGUCGGUUGCAGCCAUUGCAAGAGCUGUAGCACUUGCUGCCGACUCACUCACUGAUGAUGAAAGCGCAAAUGGCACUGCUCAGCAGUGGCAUGCUGGAGUACUGAAGCCCCUGCAUGAUGUCCUUGACAACAUCGACAGCCACACGUACAUCUGCCAACAGCGUGCGAAUGCUGCGCUGGAGAUCCUGCAGGCUGUAUUGGACUACGCUUGUGUUCAGAGAAAGCAGGAGAAUAGUGACAAUGAUCGCCUCUUCAGUGGUAUCUGCUGCCUGCUGAAUGACAUUGGAUCGUCGUUAGUCACUUUCUUACAACAACGCAUGCUGUCCAUAGCUGAACACAAUGCUGUCAGCGUGGCGAGCGUACAGAGUAUGCACACUCUGUUGGAAUCCGUUUUCAGUUCAACGCAAGAUGCCACUCAGCAGAACUGCUUCACCAAUCUGGCCAGCGUGCACAGCAUGUGCUACCAACCAUCUCUUAUUUUCAACUGCAUGUCUUCACUUUCCACCUGCCUUGCAGCCCAUCGGGAUGCAGCUAACUCUAGCAUGAGCCAGGCCCUCCAGCAGUUAUCUUCGCUUCACUUGUUAGCAUGGCUGGCCAGUAUUCACCUGGAAGAGGAUGGCCAGCGACGUCGGAUGUCACACGAUGCCAUUGCAGCUGAUGCCUUUGACAAGCUGUGCACGUUUGUUCUCUCCCUGGCCAAUCAGAACAUGGUUCCGCCAAGGCCAGCUGUGCAGAAUGCUGCUCAGAUGCACAAGGACUGGGGCCGCUUUGGUGCAGAAUGUGUGCAGUGCUUGUGGCAUGCGUUGGUACGUGUCAUUCCACAUGUCCUGUCAAAUGGAGAAGCUGGUCGUAGGAAUCAGCCAGAUGGUAAUGACGUAUUUCCUGGUGUUGAACUGACCACUGCAGCUGUGUCGGCACUAUCGGUUGUUGGCGGCAAAGCUGGCUUGCCAGUUCUGGUAGCCUUGAGAACCCUUCUUCCGCAGGUGGUCGAGGUGGACGGUGAUGUAGUAGUGUCUGUGAUUUCAGCAUGCUGGACUCUGCUGAGAGAGCAACGUGAUAACAUUGUGUGCCGUGCUGUCAUUACAACCAUAUACCAUCCCAGCUUGCUGAGGGCUGAUGUGCCAGAGCAUGUUGCAGAACGUAUGCAUAAGUUCACAUCGCAAGUCGCAGACAUGGCUGAUCUUGCCAUCGGCAUAUUCAAUCUUGUCGCUGAUCAGUGUUGCUCGCAUUGGCUCAAGCUAUUGCAAGGUAGUGCUCGGGAUCAAGCUGACGCUGCGAGCUCUCUUGCUCUUCACUCUGAUCUGUGGAUUAGCAUCGUUACGUAUGGGCCUCAACGGACGAAGAAUAUCCGUCUGGAGAAUGCUGCAAGUCUGUUCGUGGAGAAUCUUGGUGACCAGUGCUCAGCUAACCUGAUCCCUACAAGGCGUUCUCGUGAUGAUCGUCUUGUCCGAGUGCACGGCAUUGCCAUUCUGGCUGCUCUACGUUCGUCCUGCCCUGCACAUGCCAACCUAGCUGAGCAGCUGGUCAAGGCACUUGUGGAAUUCGACCAAUCUCUAAACAAUGCUAAAAUGAAGUACUCUUUCUGCAGUCCCAGUCACCACAAGAAGCAACGGCUAUGGCAGGCAAUCCUGUUGCUAUCCUCUCUACUCAGUGCUGAAGCGUGUACAUAUCUAGCAGACUAUAUCUACACAGUACUGUCUACAGAACAUCAGCCCUCGGUAAAGUACAUGUGCCAGUGGACGUUGGUUCUGCUGCUGCACUGGCACGAAUGCCUCUGGCCUGCCUAUUGGGAAAAGUUUCUUGAGAUCAAGAGUCAUCGUGUUCCAGCCAUGUGUCCACUACUCUGUGUGUCAGUGCAUAUGGCACGCCUGCUAUCACCAGAUGCACAGCAGAGAUUCAUCUCGGAAGCCCUGCAAUUGAUAAUGCCCUGGUGCCAGUCGCAACACAAUACUGUGCGUGCGUACGCCCUAGCCACGGUGGAAGCACUGUGGACGACGUGCAAGGAUGUCGGUCUGACUGACGUGCUUCAGCGCUUCUCCAUUGUAGAAUCGUGCGUUCACUUUUCCAAAUGCAACUGGGAGAGCUUGCGUGCCAAGCAGCGCGUAUGUGAUGACUUCUUCUUCUCAACGCUUCGCCCGUCACGUGACUAUAGCAUUGAGACGGUGUUUUACACAGUCCCCGUACUCACACAUCUUGUUGAGGAGGAGUGGAUUCCACCAAAGACCUUCAUAUCAGCAUGGCCAGCUGAGCUGGUCAAUACCAGGACAACUUGCGAUGGCUCUUGGGUGCUCAGGAAUUCCCUUGAUUACAGUGGUCUUUUGGAACAAAAGAGCCGGGCAGACGCUGACACAUCAAGUGCAGAGCAACACGAGUCGCCAUCUGUAGCCAAUGCAGUGGUUGCUCAUGAUCAGGUCACUCCAGCCACGGACAGCUCUGAUGUUCAGCAAAAAAUCACUCGCCUGGAGAACUUCCUGCCCUCUUCCAGUGAUGAGUUGAGAUUCUACCAGCAGCUGCGCAAAGAAGGCCGUGACAACCGUGGCAAUCUAAUCCUGGUAACCUCGUUGCUGGAGAAAGUGCCAAAUGUUGGUGGCCUGUGUCGAACGUGUGAAAUAUUUGGUGUUUCAAAGCUGGUCAUACCCAACAAACACAUUCUGGAGGACAAGCGUUUCUCAGCCCUCAGUGUAACAUCAGAGAAGUGGAUUCCAAUUCAGGAGGUGAAACCGACGGAGGUGAGGGACUAUGUGCGCUACAUGCGUGACGAGUGUGGCUACAGUAUUGUAGGUGUUGAGCAGACUGCUCACAGUCGCUCACUGGAACACUAUCAAUUCAAGCAGAAAACCCUUUUGUUGCUGGGAAACGAAAGAGAAGGCAUACCGGUGGAGCUGAUCCAGUUGAUGGAUGAAUGUGUGGAGAUUCCCCAGCUUGGAGUCAUUCGCUCGCUGAAUGUGCAUGUGAGUGGUGCCAUUCUGGUCUGGGAAUAUACCAAGCAGCAGGUGGUAGCGGCCUCGCACGGCAACGGUGCUUCCAACAACGCAGGACUCAGCUAAGAAUUCAUUGCUGUCUAAUGGUGUCAGAUCAAUGUGUAUUAGUGCUGCUGCACUGCCAGCUCCACUCAGCCUUCGUCCUGCUCCCAGGAGAUGUCACGAGAGAUAUCAUUCUGUGACUCCCAGCUAAGCAGUGCCCAAUCUACCAGUUGCUGGAACACAGCAGGCAUGAACUCUCCUGCAUUUCAUUGGUGUUUCCAUAUGGGAAAUUAUGACCGUUUUUCAUUAGAAUGACUCAUCCUAGUGCUGCCAGCUGGAUUCUGGUCCAACGGCAAUGGCGCAGAUGUGGAAUUUGAUCAAUGGUGAUAGUAACCCCAUUGCUUGCAGUCACGGUUUGCAAGAGAGAGGAACACCACCUGUUGCUGGGGAAUAUCCGCAUGUCCAUCAUUCACUGCUGCGUACGGCUGGCUGGAUGGCGAUAUGCUAUGCAACACUCUCCAUAUCCGCUCAGCUGGAAUCAAGACUGCAGGAACCUUUUGCUUCAGGAUCAUGCGAGAUCUAGUCUUGGACACGGUGUGUGUAAGUCCAUUGAGCUUGCUCUUGCAUCGGCUGUAGCUGGAUUCCAGUAUGGCCCAUCUCCUGCUUUGCCAGCCCGGCACUGGCUUCAAGUUAUCUGGGGGGCCGGGAGUCACAGUGUGUGACUCAUUUCUUGGCUCAGCUUCCUUCCUAUCUCAUUUCCUUGCUUCGUGCAAUGUUCUAACUUCUGGUCGCACUUGUGUGCACCCUACCUGUGUAUCUGUACUCGGUACGGGAGCUACUUUUGAAGUAGUCUUUUGCUGAAAGCGUCUUUUGGUACAGAUUUGCUUUCUAGUCUGCAGUGAAUCAAGGCACGCUGUGCUCCCAGAGUUUAAUUUGAAGUGAAUAUUAUUUUUGGUGAUAGGAAGGCCCAAGAAGGCAAAGGCCCAUGAACAGCAUGUUUUGCGAGGAUAUUGCUUCGAAGUAUUUUUUCUUGUGAGCUGGGGAUUUGGGAGUGUGAUUGUUUCUGUUUUGUUGUGCUGGAACAUCAAUGGCCCUGUUUCAGGGUUUCAACUGCCUUUGAUGAGAUCAUUGGUUUAUUCACAAAUUCUUAACAAUUAUGCAACUGACUUGAAUGAAACUUGAGCUUGA